CCUCGGGGGAGGCCUCUCUGCGCUGUGCUCUGCAGCUCGACUGACUUUCGGGGCGGACCCAACAAGGGGCUCGGCGCCCCCAGCGUGCACAUCUACGAGCCCAGGCAGGAGGGAGCGCCUCAGCGGAGGAGGCAAGGAAGAGUGGGGAGCGACAGGCGGGCCAGAAUCGCAGUCCCGGGCGCCCUGUUCAGCCGCGGAGAAGCUGCUGCCUCCAACAGGUUGGGACAUCUCCCGCGGAACCAGACCUGCAGCGAGUGCUGCCAGUGAAUCCGGCCGUGGACUAGAACACGUGAACCCGAACCAGCAGUAUGGACUUCGUCAUGAAGCAGGCCCUCGGAGGGGCCACCAAGGACAUGGGGAAGAUGUUGGGGGGAGAGGAAGAGAAGGACCCGGAUGCGCAGAAGAAGGAGGAGGAACGGCAGGAGGCCCUCAGGCAACAGGAGGAGGAGCGCAAGGCCAAGCAUGCGCGAAUGGAAGCCGAGCGCGAGAAGGUCCGGCAGCAGAUCCGAGACAAGUAUGGACUGAAGAAGAAGGAAGAGAAAGAGGCCGAGGAAAAAGCUGCCAUGGAGCAGCCCUGUGAGGGGAGCCUGACCCGACCCAAGAAGGCCAUCCCUGCAGGCUGUGGGGACGAGGAGGAGGAGGAGGAGGAGAGCAUCCUGGACACGGUGCUCAAAUACCUGCCCGGGCCACUGCAGGACAUGUUCAAGAAGUAACGGGCCCUCCUGUCCCCACCCCGCGCCACUGGUUACUUUUUCCUGUUUCUUUGAUUUGUUCUUUUCUUUUUUAUUCAGUUCAGUCUCAGUUCUGAAGGGGAAAACCUCAGUUGGCCUCUGCCCCCCUUCCCUGGCCAGGGGCUCCUCCCCCUCAGCACUCCCUGGACCCUUUUCACCCCAGGAUACCGGGCCCCACCCAACUCCCAGGAGGCUGGAGAAAGGGAAGACAGCUUUUCCCCAGUUACUCUGCUGGAACCCAGGCCUGAAGGCACUGCCCCUCCCUCACCCCGCCCCCCACCACAGGAGACCCAGGGUCUUUGUUGGUGUGGUAACUCCCACCCCCACACACACACACACACAUUCCUUCAUGCUCCCCACUGCCAGGUGGACCAUUGUCCCCAGCCAGCCAAAGUAAUGACACAUUCCAGCCCUGCCCAGCAUGCUGACCUUCGGCCUCUGACCCCCAUAGGCCUGCCUCCAGGUCAGGGCAGGAGCGCUGAGGAAGGGAAUUGGGGUAAACCUACCCCAUAGGCACCAGCCUGGGAGGACCCACUGAAUUCCAGCCAGGCCCGGGUCUGGACAGGAAACUGGGGCUGUUCUCCCCUCCCCCAGUGGCACCCAGCCCAGAAAGACCCUCGCAGCCCCACCCAGAGAGGCAUAGCCCCUGCCAAGCCAGUCCCUCCAAAUGGAUCCUCUUUGGAUUGUAGUAUAUCUGUGGAGGGACCCCAAAAUAGGACAUCCCUUUGUUUCCCCAACCCCUCCUAGGUCCUGGGGCUCCACUGCCAGGCUGGGCCCCGCUUGCCCAGCCAAGGAGCUGCCAGGACCCUCAGAAAACACUUGGAGCCAUUGGGCAGCAUCCGCCCAUGCCAUGGGGACUCCCCAUUCGUGUGGCCAGGCUGCCCCCAUUCCUGUCCACCCCCUCUCCCACUUGUCCCAACCAUGUGCUUCCAGGGCCAGGGGCCCCAGGAGGACCCUUCCUAGCCAAAGCCCCAAGCCCUUAAGUAGAAGCCAGUUCCCACUGACAGACAUCAUCUGUCCAUCCACGUCACUGGCCAAGAACAAACUCCCCUCUGGGAUGUCUGAGAUCUCACUGACAUGUCCCCACCCCUAAAUUGUCAGGAUCUCCAGUCCAGUCCCAUUUGUGAGAACUGGGGGAGCCAAGGAUUGAAAGUGUAGGGGGAGUCUGUGCCCAUGCAUGCCUGAGACUACACCGGCAAUUGUGUGCAGCCAAAGAUUAUGUGUGCGCUUGCAGAUAUCCGAGUGCAUGUGUGUGUGCAUGAGCCAAGCCGUGUGUUGGAGAGUGUGUGUGUGAGCAUGCGGGUUGGGAAUGUGGUGCGUGGGUGCUAGCCAUCUCCUGUGUGUGUCA